AUGUGCGAGACGUGGUACGAAGUCCGCAAUGAGAUUCUGAUUGUCUGGGAAGGCGUUCUUGUGAUCUACAACGAUCGCGAAUUUCAUUUCUUCAAAAUCGUCGACGGCGAUUUCUACGAGCUCAUCGAAUUCAUCGACAAUAUUCAAAAGGUCGAUUCCGAAGGCUAUUGGGAAUGUGCGGAAAUUCGGGGACAACUCGACAAUUCCUUCAAAUUCCUCUGCCAUUCGACAUGCGAUUCGCACGCGUUGCACAUAUUCGAGCCAUGGAUCGGGCAAAUUGUCGAGUUGACGGCUCGAUUCGAUCCGAAUCCGUUGCGCAAUUGGGACGCGCGACGAAUUGAGAAUCGGAUUCAGAAAUGGCGAGACGUCGUCGAGCGACUCUGCUGGCAGAACGGCAACAUCCAAUUCGAUGACAACAUGCUUUCGUGA